AUGAGCCCAAAAAGAGUUUUAAUCACAUACGGAGUCGACGUCGACGCCGUGGCCGGUUGGCUUGGCUCGUAUGGCGGUGAAGAUUCCACAAGCGACAUCAGCCGGGGAGUAUGGGCUGGCACGGUUGGUACCAGGCGUCUUUUGAAGAUGUUUGACAAGUACAACAUCAAGACGACCUGGUUCAUUCCCGGUCACUCGUUGGAAACCUUUCCCGAAGACAUGGCUGCCGUGCGGGACGCAGGGCACGAGAUUGGACUGCAUGGAUAUUCCCACGAGAACCCGACCGACAUGACCAUAGAACAGCAGCGGGAUGUUCUUGAUAAGACAUAUCGCAUGCUGACCGAGUUCGCGGGUAAACCACCGCGCGGCAAUGUAGCACCUUGGUGGGAGACCAGCCGGGAAGGCGCACAGUUGCUCCUCGACUACGGCAUUGAAUACGACCACAGCAUGAGCCACGAGGACUGUCAAGCAUACUAUCUCCGAACGGGCGACAGCUGGACCAAAAUCGACUAUCAGAAAAAGGCCGAGACUUGGAUGAAGCCACUGGAGCACGGUCCGCAGACCGGGCUGGUUGAGAUUCCAUCAAACUGGUAUAUUGAUGACCUGCCACCCAUGAUGUUUAUCAAGAAGGCGCCCAAUAGCCAUGGAUUUGUCAACGCGCGCGAUGUGGAGGAUAUCUGGCGCGACCAUUUCGACUUUUUCUAUCGCGAGUACGACGAGUUUAUCUUCCCUAUCACGAUUCACCCGGACGUUUCGGGAAGACCUCAUGUGCUUUUGAUGCAUGAACGGCUCAUUGAACAUUUCAAAAAGCAUGAGGGAGUGGAGUUUAUGACGAUGGAGCAGGUGUGCGACGACUUCAAAAAGAAGAACGCGCCUCCACCCGGUGCCUUGAUGCCGGCUCCGGCUGGAUCGAUACUGAAGAAAUAA